AAAGUGAUAUGCUUUAUUACAAAGAUUCGAGCAAAUUGCUCGAGUAACUUAUUAUUAGUGUUGCGUUCAGAUAUCAGCGCUAAGAUAUCUUCGUGUUCUUAUCGCCUUUCUUCUCUCCCUCUUUUUCUCUCGACAAACAUGAUAACCCAAGCUAUUUAUUAACUUGGCGCUCGACAGAUCAGUCAGUCAAUAACAAGCAACUAAUAAUGUCACGUUUGUUGUUGAAAAAAGGUGGUUGCUAUAUUUCUCAAUUCCAAAUGACGAGACAUUUAGUGACCGAUCCGAGGUACGGAUUUUUAAAACAAUUAGGUAUCAACGUUGAAAAUCCCGGUCUCUACGACGGGAGAUGGGGUGGGUCUGGCAAGUUGGUAGAAUCGAUAUCGCCGGCGACCGGCAAAGUGAUAGCAAAGGUCCGCGAGUCCACGCCGCAAGAAGCUAGCAAUGCAAUAACAGAGGCACGUAAAGCGUGGCCGCAAUGGGCAUCUAUCCCGAUGCCAGCCAGGGGAGAUAUCGUACGGCAGAUUGGGGACGAGCUCAGGAGAAAUUUGGAGCCGUUGGGACGCUUAGUAUCCUUGGAAAUGGGCAAGAUAUUACCGGAGGGCAUAGGCGAGGUCCAGGAAUUCAUCGACAUAUGCGAUUACGCGGUCGGCCUGUCGCGGACGUUACCCGGCAGCCUGUUCCCGUCGGAGAGGAGGAACCACGCGCUCUUGGAAAAGUGGAAUCCCCUGGGUGUAGUCGGCGUCAUCUCCGCAUUCAAUUUUCCCAUAGCGGUGUACGGCUGGAACAGCGCUAUCGCUAUGGUCUGCGGUAACACCAUCGUCUGGAAAGAGGCGUCGAGCACACCUCUGACGGCCAUCGCGACCACCAAGAUAAUCGUGAGCGUCCUGGAGCGCAACGGUAUCCCAGGUUCCGUCGCAUCCUUGAUCACGGGCGGACCGGAUGUCGGGGAGACACUGGUGAACGAUAAACGGGUACCUCUCGUUUCGUUCACCGGAAGCACGAACGUAGGAAGGCAAGUGGCUCUCAAGAUUCAGCAAAGAUUCGGGAGAUCUCUGCUGGAGCUGGGCGGUAACAACGCAUUAAUCGUCGCACAGGAUGCCGAUUUAGAAAUGGCAGUGAGAGCAGCGGUCUUCUCGUGCGUCGGGACAGCUGGACAAAGAUGUACCACCACCAGAAGAUUAAUAUUGCACAAGAAGAUAAAGGACGAAUUUCUAGGGAGAUUGAAAACGGCAUACAAGAGCAUACUGGAACGAGUCGGAGACCCAUUGGAUGACGGUGUACUGUACGGACCGUUGCACAAUCAGUCAGCGGUCGAUGCAUAUAAGGCAGCAAUUCAGAAAGCUGUAGACGCCGGUGGCACGAUAGAAUUCGGUGGAAAGCAAAUAGAGCGACCCGGUUUCUACGUCGAGCCGACGAUCGUCUCGGGUUUACCGGCCAAAGCUGAGGUGGUGCAACAAGAAACUUUCGCCCCGAUCGUUUACAUCUUGGAGGUGAACUCUCUGGAGGAGGCCAUCGAUUUCAACAACGGCGUCGAGCAAGGCCUGAGCAGUAGUCUCUUUACCAAAAGUAUUGGAAAUGUAUUUCAGUGGAUCGGCCCUCACGGAUCGGAUUGCGGAAUAGUCAACGUCAACAUCGGCACCAGCGGCGCCGAGAUAGGCGGCGCGUUUGGCGGCGAGAAGGCCACGGGCGGGGGCCGCGAGAGCGGGAGCGACGCGUGGAAACAUUACAUGCGGCGCGCCACCAUCACGAUCAAUUACGGAAACGAGCUGCCGCUGGCUCAGGGCAUCAAGUUCGAAUAAAUUGCGAACAGGAGUGGUC